AUUGUCAACAGAUUACUUGGACUCCACUUGCUGGUCUUUUUCCACAAAAAGAUACUAUCCUAAGAAAUCUCAUCAACAUCAUUGUCGGCAUCACCUCAUUCCACUUUCAUUACUUUGUUUCUUUUUUUAACACCCUUCAUUCUCCUUUCAUCUCUUUCUUUCUUUCUUCCUUCUUUUCCCUUCCUCAAACAACCCUAUUCUCAUAACAAUACACUUCUCUUAGUUUGUUUCGCUUGUUGGAUUAGGAACUAUGGACAUUCUCACUUCACCACAUGUUCCGCCAUCACUUAUCGGAGCUCUGACGCUCUACCCGCUGUUGUUCACUAUCCUUGGCAGACUACGGUGGGUCAAGAACAUUCUGCCUCCCAAGGCUGAUACACAAAAGCACUACCAUUUGUACAACAAGAUUGUUGCCUCUGUACAUUCAACCAUCAUGACCUUCACUGGCCUUUAUCUCCUCUUGACCGUAGACUGGACCAAGAACGACCUCUCGACUUACAAGACCCCAUUGACACCCUUUUUAGUUGGAUUGGAACUUGGUUAUCUUACACAAGAUACAGCAUUUGAGUUUUAUCAACGUAUACGUUUCGGUGUGGGGAGCAAUUUGAUUCUAUUUCAUCAUAUCUCUGUCAUUCUUGGAUCUGUCUAUUAUCUGUAUGCACUCACGAUCGACAAUCCAGGACCCUACUUCAUCGGAAUGCUCUCCCUUAUGAACAUGAGCACGCCAAUCCUGCACUUCCGUUGGGUUCUUCAGAGUCGAGGUCGUACAUUUAACAAUUCAAAAUUGAAGCGUUUUAUUGACACAGCUUUGUUGGUGACUUACUUUUGGUGCAGAAUCUUUGGGAACUGGUGGAUGGGUGUUGCAAUUGGCGCAAAGUUGGGCAUGUCCUGGUACCAGGCUCCUUUUCACAUCGGCAAGAAAUAUACAAUCACUACAACUACCAUGUUUCUUAUGAAUGUCGCUUGGUGGCUCAUCCUUGCUAAACAGUGGUUGCGUUCUGUCAACCUCUUUUACUUUUCAAAACCAGUUUCCAAGAAGAUAGAAUAGACGAAAAAAAGAAGGCUCCACUCCCAUUUGUUAUAAUUUGUUCCGUAUCCUUAAUAAAAUUUGCUAUUUUUAC